AUGUCAAAAUUGUCUAACGGUAGUGGUAUUAAAAAUCCGGACGCAAUGGAUAAUCCUUGUGGCCGUUGCGAACGUGUGGACACAGAAGCUCAGAGAGUACUCGGUUGGCUAGUUCUACAUGACGAUCUAUUAGUGGAUACAUUUUUCCUAAUAUCAGCAUUUUUGACGGCUAAAGCACUUUUCGAGUUUAGAACAUUACCUUCUAUACCUUUGAUGAUAUUCAGGAGAUACAUACGUUUGGUGAUUGGUUUAGCAGUGGUAGUAUUCUUCAUGGCAGCUGCCUUUGAUCACACAGGCUCUGGACCUCUUUGGAACAGAUUCAGCGAUGAUGAAGUAGCUGCCUGUCGUGAUAACUGGUGGCUUAAUUUACUGAUGCUGAGUAACUAUAUCAAAUCCGGUCACAUGUGCCUGGUUAUGACAUGGUACAUUCCCUGCGAUUUCCACUUCUUCGUGAUAACUGUGAUUGUUUUCGCACUUUACAAGCGAUGCCCGACACUCGGUAUGAUUAUUGCAUGUGUUCUGGCUGCUGCCUCUAUUAUUAUACCAGGAGUUAUCAACUACAUCAAUAAACUUCACGCCAUACAACUUUUCACAUAUGAUUUCUUGUCAAACCCUCGUGGCAAUCGGCAAUUUAAUAUCAUGUAUAUAAAGAGUCACACCAGGGCGGCGGCUUAUAUAGUUGGAUUAUUCGCAGGUUAUCUAUUCGUCAAGUAUAAAUUAAAGGAAACUGUAAAAUUUUCUCAGAAAAAAUCUUUGAUGUACAUUUGUGCAGCUCUGACAGUGAUGGUAUUUAUAACUUUCCUUGGAGUGUCCUAUCAGCUCAGGGGCUACUCCGAGCUUGAAGGCAACCUGUACGCAGCCUUGAACAGACCCAUCUGGGCAGCUGGAGUUGUACUAAUCAUAUUAACUUGCGCUUUUGGAAAAGUCCGUUUCGAUUAUAUUGAAUCUCUAAUGUUUCGACAGCGCGGUGCUCGACGCGUUGGUGAGUGGUUUCCUGAAGUGGUACCCAUGGGUACCCCUCAGCAGGUUGGUAUACGGCGUAUAUCUCGUCCACUUUAUCAUCAUCAUCAGGAAUAUUGGAAUAUCGAGGAACCCUGA